AUGGAGUUACCUAGUGAAAUUUUAGAGCUCGUCGUUUCGCAAGGCUUGGAUAGUUGUCAGACUUCAAUAUCAUGGAUGCAAAUCUCACCAGUUUUCCAAAAGGUAGUUACCGAUCUGUUAGGGGUAGUGGUAUUACAAGACGGGGUACGAGAUUUACAAGAUAUGGAUGUUCCCUUUGAUUAUAAACGGUUGAUGAGUAAGUUCAAUACGUUGUAUGUGUCCACCGAUUAUCCCAAUGCAGAGCAAUUGUUAGAGUUUAUUAAGAAGUAUAUGCAUCUCUUAAUUGUGAUACAAUCGGAUAGAAACUACAGUGAUGUUUUAGCAUCUCUAUUGGUUUCCAUAGCGCAGGACUGUACAAAAGGAACUACCAUAUGUGUUAUUUACUGCAGUUUCCAGAAUUAUUUGAGUAAGCUAUAUUUCCGUGGAUUGUCAUUAUGUGAAAAGAGAGUGGUUUUCAGUGAACUGCAUCUUGUUGGUAAGGCACCAUGGAAUAGGAGUGAACUAUUUGACGUUAAAACACUUUUCGAAAGAACAUAUCUUUAUCAUUUGAAAAACAUCUACUCCUUGGAUAUUCAGAACAAGAAUCAUAGAAUAAUAUCUCGGGAUUUGAAUGUAAUCAACCAACUUAAUUUUGGUAAUUUUGAUGAAGAAUGGCACAAUUAUUUUAUUGAAUGUCCUAAUUUGAAGAAAAUUGAAAAUACCAAAUAUCCUAUUCGCACCAGUGAUGAACCCUUCAAAUUACCCAAGUGUGAAUCCAUAUCCUUGACACACUAUGUGAAUGGUAUUCAUUAUCAACCAAUAGAUGGGUUUAAAGUAUCUGGGGAGUUGAAGCUAGUCCCCACUCUGAGAUCUGCAGAUCCUGAAUUCUACAAUUUGCACUUUGCUAAUUUGAAAAAGUUGAAAUUGGUACUCGGUGAUUCAGAGAGCCAUUCGAUUAGGUUCCACAAUUGUCAAUUUGAUUCUCUUGAAUCUCUUGAUUGUGCAUCUUGUUUGAUUCCAUGGACCAACUUUACAGAUUCGGGAGUUCGAUUGAAACAUAUCAGGCUCAGUUUGACUACUGAUGAACAAGCUAAAUGGCUUUGUGAAUGUCCCUACCAAUUGGAAAGAAUAUCAGUUGCAUCAUAUGGCGUGUGGUCACCAGCUUCGCCGAAUAUUUCACAUUUGCCAUUGGAAGUCAUGAAGUGUCAAGCUGUCGAUCUGGAGAUUCAAUCAAUAUGGCACUGUUAUCUAUGUCAUGUCCUAGUGGUACCUACUGUCGGAAUUACUACCGAUCUAACAAUCACUAUUAAGGAAGCAUCACUGUUGCAAUCAAUUCUCGAUAAUCACUUACCCAUGGACAAGUGGGGGAUCAACUUGGAGAACGAUUGCAUAAUUUUAAGAGUACCAUCAGUCAAGCGUUUUACUAUCUCUGUUACAGAUAGGAGCAAUUUCGGUAUGGGAAAUAGUGGGCCAAGCAUGCCCUUCUCGAGUGCGGUAGGCGGUUCUUCACAGGCUGAUUAUUCAAACAUUUUCUUUGACACUAAUGCAUCUAUUCAGAACUACGCAGUUUCUCCAUCAGCAUUUCGGAGAAAGAGUUCAGGUGCUGAUAGUGCAACUGCUAGAAGACAAAGUGCCAUCGCUAGUUUGACAAGUUAUCCGACACACCCAGGUUCUGUAAAAAAUAGAAGAAGCUCUUCAGCUUCCUCUUCAAUAAGUGGUACAUCAUUGCUUAAGACAUGUAAGUUUGUACCAUUUGGUAACUGUCCUGAGACAAUCACCGUUAGUCUAGCCGCAUUGGAUGCUUCCGUCAUAUCUUGGGAGGAAGUGAAAACUAAUAGAAUCAUGUUACUACAGGUACUAGUUCAGGAACCUGAUUCUGAAUUGUAUUGCCUGGAUGAUUCGAUUCAUCCACUUUCGGAGCAAAUCACCCAGGUCCUGAAAUAUCCCUACCAUAUUUCACUACAAGGAAUGAUCGUGGAAAGAUUUCAAGUUGUUGUUAAUCUCGAGGCUCUAGGUCUCGAUAUUCAGCGAUGCCAGAGGAACCAAUUUGCCGCUGAUUUGCAACAGUAUUUGGCAUUUAAAGGACAUGAUCUGAAGGUCUUUACAGAAUCAGAAAAGAACUGUCGUGUUUCUGUUCUUCUCAAAUUUUGA